AUGGAGAAUAUCUCAGAGGUGAAUGACUUUAUCCUUGGAGGAUUAACAGAUACUCCAGAAUUUCAGGUCCCCCUUUUCAUAAUGUUCACCAUCAUCUAUCUCAUCACUCUAGUGGGGAACCUGGGGAUGGUAGCUCUUAUCUCCUGGGAUCCUCAUCUCUAUACUCCUAUGUACUUUUUUUUAAGUAACCUCUCUCUAGUAGAUUUUGGCUACUCCUCAGCUGUGACUCCUAAGGUGAUGGCUGGGCUCCUUACAGGAGACAAGGUCAUCUCCUACAAUGGGUGUGCUGCACAGAUGUUUUUCUUUAUGGCUUUUGCUUCAGCAGAAAGCUACCUCCUAGCUGUAAUGGCCUAUGAUCGCUAUGAAGCUGUGUGUAAGCCCCUCCAUUACACCACCACUAUGACAUCAAGUGUAUGCGCUGCCCUGGCCAUUGGCUCUUAUGUCUGUGGCUUCCUGCAGUCUUGCAUCCACACAAGCUGCACCUUCAGCCUGUCCUUCUGCAGUUCCAAUGUGAUCCAUCACUUUUUCUGUGACAUCCCCCCGCUCCUGGCUCUCUCCUGCUCUGAUAUCCAUUUUAAUGAGUUGGUGGUCUUUAUUUUAGGGGGACUCACUAUCUUUUUUAUCCUCCUGGUCAUCUCAACUUCCUACUUGUUUAUUUCUAUUGCCAUCCUGAGAAUGCACUCAGCUGAAAGCCGGCGAAAAGCCUUCUCCACCUGUGCUUCUCACCUUACAGCAGUGUCCAUAUUCUUUGGAACAAUCAUCUUCAUGUACUUACAACCUAGUUCUAGCCAUUCCAUGGACUCAGACAAAAUGGCGUCUGUUUUCUAUGCCACAGUCAUUCCCAUGUUGAAUCCUCUUGUCUACAGCCUUAGGAACAAAGAGGUUAAGAGUGCUUUCAGAAAAAUCUAUCUUGGGAGCUCAAACUUGGGAUAUUCUUUCUAAUCCUAAAUUAUGGCCAAAACCCUCAGCCACAAAUGAUCUUUCUCCCUGUGGUCCCUCCAAUGGCUACAAAUUACAGCUGGAAUUAAAACCAGGGAUUCUGUUCUCGUUCAAGUGCCAACAGUCAUCAGUGUCCCUGUCCCUCUGCUACUGCAUUUUGGACAGGUUUGUGCCAGCUCCUUCUAUCAGCCCAUUAUGCAUCAAAACUCAGCACAGCAGUACUUGGUGUCUCUCACACAGUACAAGGUCCUUUAAACUUCUACUCAGCCAGCAAACCCCAGUGCCAUGAUGUCUGGGAAAUAACAGUUUCUAAGUCUGAGAUUGCUUCUCAACCCCAUCUAUUCCCA